AUGACAAAAACAGUCGGCUUAAUCGGUGGGAUGUCUUGGCAGACCACAGCGGUAUACUACGAAGCAAUCAACAGCCAUGUCCGUUCUGUCCUCGGCGGCAUUCACUCUGCCAGUCUGCUCAUCAACUCUGUAGACUACGCCGACAUUGGCCAUUAUGUCACCAGCGGAGACUUCAAUGGUAUGAUAAAGAUACUCUCCGAUGCCGGUCAGCAGUUGCAAAACGGCGGGGCACAAUCUUUGGUGUUGUGUGCAAAUGUUGCCCAUAAAGCUGUGGACGCUCUCGAGGACCGAACCGGCCUGCCAGUCUUACACAUCGUUGAUUUUACCGGGCGAGCAAUCGUUGACCAUGGAUUUCGAAAAGUCGGGUUAAUCGCAACUCGAGCUGUCAUGGAGGAGGACUUCUACAAAUCACGACUCGAGAAGCGAUAUGGACUGGAGGUGGUUGUGCCCCGCAAGGAGUUUCGCGAUAAAGUUGAUGGGUAUAUUUUCAAUGAUUUGAGCAAACAGCCAAUUGAGGAAGAAGUGAAAGCUCAAUUUGAAGCAGCUUAUAUCAACUUGGUGGAGGAGCACCAAGUAGAUUGCAUUGCACUGGCCUGCACUGAGCUCAGGCUUGUUUACAAUAUCGAUGAGAUGAGAGUGCCAGCCUUUGAGACUACCUCUCUCCAUGCAAAAGGAAUCGCGGAGUGGGCACUUCAGGUCUAG